ACAACCUCGCCGCACAGCGUCCCUCGUUGCCAAAGUCGUCUCCUGUCAGUUCCCAUGGAACCUAAUCACCGAGCAAUCCCAACACACUCGGAGGACUCGAAGGAUGAGAUCAGCUUGGAGAGCCGCAAAUAUUUCCAUGUCAAUGAUUUGCCUGUGGAACUCUUGCGGGAAAUAUUCGUUACCUUGAAAGCUGAUUGUCACUUCUGGCGCUUCGUAGCACUGAACGAACCUCGACUAUGGGCAACGCUCAUCAUUGGAUCCGAAGGUGGGAGUGGAGAAGGGA